CCUUUUCAUGAGAGAUACAUAGGAGGAAGCACUAUAUUGAUUGACUUUUCUAAGAAUGUCUGCUUUUGAAAACCAUGGCGUGAUGCAUGGCGCUUCUCGUGUAACACCUAUCUAUGGAGUUGGGUCACCAUCUCAGGGACAUUUCCAUGCUUACUAAAACAACCUGUAAUAAAACACACUGUUCUUCUGUGAAUCUUCUCUGUUCACUCUAUCAGUCACAUCUGGUAAAGGUCUCAGACUGAUGAGCAACAUUAAAGCAUUGCUCAGAUUGGCACUUUAUGGGUGCACCAAACUUAAUGAGGAUUCUUCCAACGGAUCUGUCUGGCAUCUGCCUUUCCUGUUAUUAUAUUAUGAAAAGGAAAGUUGCUACUCACCCGAUAGCGGAGACGCUGAGUCACAGAUGUACACAGUAAAAAGACUGCAACAAAUACAGUUUUCAGCCAGUAAGGCCUUCGUCAAAAUUAGAUGCCAGACACAUGCAUACACACUCAUGCAAACACAACUCACACAUGCAUGACUGCAGUCUCGGGCAACUGAGACCUCAGUUUUGUAUUUGUCGCAGUCUUUUUAUUGUGCCUAUCUGUGACUCAGCAUCUCUGCUAUAUAGUGAAUAGCAACUUUCCUUUUAAUAAUGUUGUUACAUUCCAGCAUGGAUUUUCCAUUGUUUUAUUUUUACCUGUUAUUAGUUGUAUGUGGCUGUUCCACUUUAACUUUCUGUGUAUAUGUACUCCUGGAUAUUUAAUGGACAUGACUACUUCGAGCAAUUGUUCAGAAAUUGUGUAAUCAUACAAUAAUGGAACUUUCUGCCUUUUUAGUGCAAAAUGUUGCAUAUGUUUCUAUUGAGGGUCAAUUGCCAGUCCCUGCACCAAGUAUUCUGACACAAUUUUCUUCUGUCGCUAGUUCGUUGUAGGCUAUAUAACAGCAUCAUCUGCAAAAACUUUUCAACUUAAUCACACAACUGGUCUGAUAUUCUGUACACUCUUAUUUUGUUUAUUAGCCAUCUGUAUGGAACUGUACUGAAUGUCAUCUGAAAGCUGAGGAACACAGAAUCAACAUAGGCUUUUGCAUCUACUGCCUUGUACAGCGUGGGGACAUACAGACUGAGGUGGGUUUCACACAACUGUUCGAAAAAUCCACAUUGAUUCCUACAGAGCAGAUUUUCACUCUGUAGAUGUGUCUUAAUACAUUAGCAUGAAACGUAUUCUAAAAUUCUGCAACAGAUCGGUCAGUGAUUAGCCUAUUGUAUUGUGCAUCUUUUCAAUGAUUCUUCUUGAAAAUGGGAAUUAUCUGUGGUUUUCUCCAAUUAUUAGGAAUGCUUCAUUCCUCAAGAGACCUGUACACUGUUGCUAGAAGAGGAGCAACUUCUUUUGCAUACUCUGUGUAGAAUCGUAUUGGUAGCUCGUGAGGUCCAGCAUUCUUUCCUCUGCUGUACAAUUUCAGUUUCUUUUAUAUCCCAUGGUAAUUUAUUCUGAUGUGUCAUUGCAAUUUUUAUGUGACUAUUUCAAGGAAGAACUGCAAUACCAGUAAAGUACCCCUCGGUGAAAGAAUUUUCGAAAAAGAAAGUUGGUAUUUUGGCCUUGUUUCAGUCAUCCUCCGUUUCAGUGCCAUUGUGGUCACAGGGUGUCUGGACACAUGGCUUGGAUUUGUUUAUUGAUUUAGUGUAAGACAAACACUUCACAGCAUUUUUUGUCAGAAUUUUACUUUCAAAUUCUUGGAAUGCAUCACCUGUAGGUCUCCUUGUGAUAAUAUUGGCCUCAUGGAGUUUAUUUGUCUGUGAGGCUUUGAUUUCGCUUAAAAAUCAGCAGUGAAGCUGUCUUUGCUUCUGGGGCAGCUUUCUAACAUACUAGUUCAUCCACAGAAGGUCCUUCCCCUCCUUUACAACUUUGCUCUGCAGAUACCUGUCUAAGGCAUAUUGUACAAUACUUUUGGACAUUGUCCAUUUAUACUCAGCAUUUUCCAUCUCAUAGAAGAAUGUUUGUCGACUUCUCACGUAAUCUGAAGUCCUUUUCUGGUGGCACUUACUAAGCAGUGUCCUCUUCCUAACUUUCUUGACAUUCCAAUUUACAGUUGUUUUCAGUGAUUGUAUAAUGGCCUUAAGAUCACUGGUUCCCUGUUCUUUGCUAACUGGAUUGAACACCGUGCUCAUUAGUAUUGAAGGCCAUAUGGUGAUAUUGAUAUUGCUGUAUAGGAAUAUAAGUGCUGCUUUAGGCCUGUCUUCUGGUGCCACUUCUAGUUGGUGGUAUGAAAUUCUUGCACCGCCUCAGGUUAUCUAAAGCCUCUGUGGUGGUAGAGAAUGGGUGUACAUCAGCAGCUAUGUGUUUGUUCAUUUUAGGAAUGGUAACUAUAGAUGAUGCAAUGGACUCUAAGUAAUGUCUGUAAUUCCAUUUGGGAAUUAGCGAUUUGCCCGUUACUCCACUACUGGUUUAAGAUGGUUCAGAAUACAGUAUCUCUUCCUGUAAACUGGCCGUACAUCCUUCCUGUAACUCUGAUGCUGGAUAACAUGUAUUGCUGGAAGUGUUCUUUUAGGACGGAGUAAUUCAUCAUAAUCCCGUAGUAGCAAAGUCAUUUUCGCCUGUUUCUCCUUUUCAGUAAAUGUGACCCAAUUUCCCAUAAAACAACUUUGUCAGUAGCUUUCCCAAUGUGUGGAACCCAUAAACGCAUCUAAUUCCCCAUCUCCUCUUCAUCUAGCACCUGCCAAAUUUGCAAUCAGUGUCCCACAAGCUAAGCAAGCUCCAAUUUCUCCAAAAUUAUCCAUACUGACAGGAAAUACUCUACAUUGUUUAUGCUUCUGGGUGUGCGACAUACUGUGCCAUACCAAGUGUUGUACACUACUCAUUUUGUUACUGCACAAGAAACAGUGUGUCUGUUGGCAACUCAUCCCAGUAUCCAUCCAGAUUAUCUGUGGAGUUUCUUCUGGAAUCUUAUCAGAGAAGUUGAGCUGGAGUGAUCAUGAUCGCACUUUAGUGAUGGUGUUAAGGCAGCACCAUGUUGCAUCAAUUUGGUACCCUCAGCUGUGGUACCAUGAGGAACAAAACCCUCCUCAAGCUCCACAGUUUGCUGCUUUAAGUCAACUACACCUGGAUUUGAAGCCAGUAAAUCCAACCCAAGUAUGGAAUUGCAGCUACUGCCUACCAAAUCAAGUGCUUGCAUAAAAGCUGCAAGUUAUGGUUGCCAAGGUAAAUGUAACUCUUCCUGAUGCCUAUGAAUUUACAACACUUCCACCCACUCCACUUAAUGUAGACUGUGGUGGACACAUACAGACAAGCCCAAAGGACCUGUAACUAACAACUGAAAUAUGUGCUCCUGUAUCUACUAAAAAUAUCUCCCUAAUGGUUAGGCUGCCUGUCACCGACACUGUGCACUGCUGACUAGUGGCUGUAUUUACUAGAAGUUCUGCCUGGAGGUUCCAGCAUUUCUGUAUCCAUUUAACGCACCCAUGCCAUGAUGUGGUCUACUGUGCACUGAUCAUUGCUGUUCUGUACAUUCUCUUGCUCUCGGUGGUGCAACAGACAACAGUUCUCACACAUUGGUGUUUUGCAGUCCUGUCAUGUAUCACUUGGCCAGUGGCAAUAGUAGAACAUCACUGUGGGUCCGAUUAUGUGGCCAUGUGUCAUGAUUCUAUUUUUUCUGGCAGAGUGAUGGUGGAAGUUAUGGCUCCCUGCAGGAUAUCUGGGAAACAUGUUGCAAUUUCCUUAACAUCUCUGCUAGUAAUUCACUUAGAAAUGCUUCCACAGCACACUGUUUCACUUCUUGGACCACUGUCCAAUCCACUUCUACAUUUUCUGAUGUAAAUAAAGUCUACAUCUUUCUCAUACUCCCCAUGCCUUGUCAAGCUAUUAUUAAAUCCUUGCCAAUAGUUACUAGUGAUACUUUUUAACUGGAAGAAUUCACAUGAUUUAGCUCCUUGUGACAUAAUAAAUACAAAUGGGAUUCUCAAAUGAAACUAGUGUUUCUUCACUAAGUUUCUCACCAAACAGUGCAACAAAAGAGGGCAUAGUAAAGCCCAUUAGGAGUCUAAGUGGACUAGUUCGCAAUGGGAUUGCCCUUCUGGGCUUCUUCUCAACUUAUUUAGUAUCACAGUCAUAAUGAAACUAUCUGCAUGCAUGUGCACAAGCAGAUGACAAGACCGCCUCUUGGAGCAAACUGCAAGGCUGCAGCUCAGCUCACUGGGUCUUAAGUUUGAGGACUGGCUAAACAAAUAACCAGCGUAUGACAACUUCAAUACAUGGCAGUUCUUCUGAUAUAGUUUACACCAAUGAUGAGCCUAACAGUGGUCAAACUCUAGACACCAAGAAGUCCAAUGGAUUGCAAGUGGCCAGAACUCUUAUCUUUUGGGUUCUCAGGUCAAGAGGUUUCACUGAUAUGUGCAUUCAGAUUGGAAAUGGAGCUAUGGUUUCAAACAUCAGCACUCAAGAAGGAAUUUCUGUUGAGUAUUUUCGGUUUAGGGAUAGUUUGCUUGCAGAUAUAAUGAAUGCAGAUUUAGUUAUAAGUCAUGCUGGAGCUGGUAGCUGUCUUGAGAUACUUGAAGCUGGUAAGCCACUUGUAGUGGUUAUAAAUCAACAGCUGAUGGGUAAUCAUCAACUUGAACUUGCAAAACAGCUACAUGCUGAUGAACAUUUAUAUUACAGCACAUGUGAAAAUCUGAAAAGUGUGUUAGAAAAUGUGAACUUAGACAAGUUAAAACCUUUUCCUCGUGGAAAUGCUGGUAUUUUUGCAGCAUACCUUAAUAGUGUAUUUGGUUUUAAUGAGUAUAAUAAUGAAACAUAGAUUUCUGGAGUAUUUCAGCACUGCCUCAGGGAGUUAAUCUCAAUGAAGAAUUGGGAUUCAUGAAGGUGUACCAGGUAAAGGAACAAUAUUGGUGUUAGAAUUGAGACAUACACAGUGUAUAUGCAAGGAACAUAAGAACUCAGUUUCAGUCUGCAUUAUGAAUGAUCAGGUUACAUUCCACAAAAUGUUAAAUAUAAUAAUCACCAGUGAUAUUUUUACUAUAGAAUAUUAUGAAUUUUAUUAAUGUCAAAAUAAUAUAAAAACAUUCAUACUUAAUGUUUUGAAUAAAUGUAAUAAACUGAAUAAAUAUAAUAUUAGUAAAAUACAUCAACCUCGUCUCAUGUAAUACAUUCAUGUAAUUAUACAAAAACUUAAUUCUGCUGUAAUAAAAAAAUAGUUGCCAUGA